CUCAGUCCCCACCUCACUUUUUAGACUGGAGAUUGCUGCCUUCCUACCAGCCUUCUGCUUCCAGUCAACUCAACGCCUCGAAAUGUGCGGACCACAAAGAGCUGAAAUCUUUGGGAAGUGCUCACAGCUGUGCAACUGUGAGACGAUCAUGACAGCGUUUAAAGGGAUCUGGACACAACCGUUCUGGAAAGCAGUCUCUGCAGAGUUCCUGGCGAUGCUUAUUUUCGUGCUGCUCAGCCUGGGCUCCACCAUCAGGUGGAAUGGGAAGGACCAGCCCAUGGACCUGGUGCUCGUAUCGCUGUGUUUCGGACUCAGCAUCGCUACCAUGGUGCAGUGCUUUGGACACAUUAGUGGGGGUCACGUUAACCCUGCUGUCACAGCAGCCAUGGUCUGCACCCGGAAGCUCAGCCUUGCCAAGGGAUUGUUCUACGUUGUUGCCCAGUGUCUCGGCGCCAUUACUGGAGCAGGAAUCCUCUACCUCAUCACGCCUUCUAGCGUCGCAGGUGGACUGGGAGUUACCAAGGUAAAUAAGCAGCUGUCAGCCGGCCAUGGUUUGCUGGUGGAGAUUUUCAUAACCUUUCAGCUGGUGCUUACCAUCUUUGCCACUUGCGAUCCCAAACGUGAAGACCUCAAAGGUUCAUCUGCUUUGGCGAUCGGUUUCUCUGUGGCUAUUGGGCACAUGUUCGCCAUUGACUACACUAGUUCCAGCAUGAACCCAGCCCGAUCCUUUGGACCAGCAGUCAUUAUGGGAAAAUGGGAAAACCAUUGGAUUUACUGGGUGGGGCCCUUGAUAGGUGGAAUAGUGGCAGCUGCCCUCUAUGAUUACCUAUUCUGCCCAGACAAGGCGCUGAAGGAUCCCUUUAAAGAUGUUUUCAAAUCCACCCAACCUCCUGGAGGCAAAUACGUGGAAGUAGAGGAGAACAACAGGACUCAGUUCAUCGAGUCCGAGGACCCGGGUGUCAAACCCGUGACCUCCCAGGUUAUCGACAUCGAUCAAAGCGAGGAGAAGAAGGAGAAAGAUUCCACGAAUGAACUUCUCUCAUCUGUAUGACUAGCAAGAAGCACUGAAAGCAGAGAGCCGCCUUGUAAGAGGUCAAGAGACAGUGUUAUUUCUAUUAAGGAAACUGAUCUGCUA